CUGUGUUCAGACUGUGUAUUAUUUGUUGUGUAUUUGUUGUGUGUUCCAGGUCAGGAUGUGGUGUUCCAGUCUCUCGGCCUCAGUCUGCUCAAUAACGCCUUCAUGGGAUACAACGCCUGCAUCUUCGCCUACGGACAAACAGGUUCAGGGAAGUCCUACACCAUGAUGGGUUCUUCAGAUCAGCCUGGUCUGAUCCCUCGUCUGUGCAGUUCCCUGUUCAGUCGAACGGAGCAGGAGGAGGAGGAGGGGGAAGGGGAGAGCUUCACCGUGGAGGUGUCCUACAUGGAGAUCUACAACGAGAGGGUCCGAGACCUGCUGGACCCCAAAGGAAGUCGUCAGACGCUCAGAGUCCGAGAACACACAGUUCUGGGUCCGUAUGUGGACGGGCUGUCCCGCCUGGCUGUGGCCUCUUAUAAGGACAUUGAAUCACUGAUGUCAGAGGGGAACAAGUCCAGAACAGUAGCAGCGACCAACAUGAACGAAGAGAGCAGCAGAUCACAUGCAGUAUUUAACAUAAUACUGACACACACACUGAAGGACCUGCACACUGGGACCAGUGGUGAGAAGGUCAGUAAACUCAGUCUGGUGGAUUUGGCCGGAAGUGAAAGAGCAACGAAGACUGGAGCAGCAGGAGAGAGACUGAAGGAAGGAAGUAAUAUAAACAAGUCUCUCAGUACUCUGGGUCUAGUUAUCUCAGCCUUGGCCGACCAGGGAGCAGGAAAGAACCGGAACAAGUUUGUUCCGUACAGAGACUCGGUUCUCACCUGGCUGCUGAAGGACAGUCUUGGGGGGAACAGCAGAACCGCCAUGGUGGCCACCAUCAGCCCGUCCGCCGACAACUACGAUGAGACUCUGUCCACGCUGCGCUACGCCGACCGCGCCAAGAACAUCGUCAACCACGCCGUCGUUAAUGAAGACCCCAACGCCAGGAUCAUCCGAGAACUGAGGGAGGAGGUGGAGAAGCUGAAGGAGCAGCUGACGGAGGCUGAGUCUCUGAAGGCCCCAGAGCUGAAGGAACGUCUGGAGGAAUCUGAGAAACUGAUCCAGGAAAUGACCGUCACCUGGGAGGACAAACUGAGGAAGACUGAGGCUGUGGCACAGGAGCGUCAGCGUCAGUUGGAGCGUCUGGGUAUCUCUCUUCAGUCUUCUGGGAUCAGGGUGGUGGACCACAGGUGUUUCCUGGUCAACCUGAACGCUGACCCCGCCCUCAACGAGCUGCUGGUUUAUUACCUGAAGGUAACAACACUGAACACACACCCCUCCCCUGUCUCCAACAGACGUAUGCGCCGCUGGAGCGAGGACAGGGAGGCCAUGAUGACCCGCAGCCUUCGCCGUCUCCGGGAACAGAUCGUCAGGGCCAACUUGCUGACCCAGGAGGCGGGGUUUAUCGCAGAAGAGCUCAACAAGAGGACAGAGUACGUGGUGACACUGCAGAUACCAGCAGCCAAACUGGACGCCAACAGGAAGAGGGACUCAGUCCUCAGUGAACCAGCGGUGCAGGUUCGUCGUAAAGGCAAAGGCAAACAGAUCUGGGCUCUGGAGAAGCUGGAGAACAGACUGGUGGACAUGAGGGAACUGUACCAGGAGUGGAAGGACUACGACGACGACAACCCUGUCAUGCGCUCCUAUUUUAAGCGUGCAGAUCCGUUCUUCGAUGAACAGGAGAACCACAGUCUGAUCGGCGUGGCCAACGUCUUCCUGUUUUGUCUGUGCUCUGAUGUGAAGCUGCAGUAUGCAGUACCCAUCAUCAACCAGAAGGGGGAGGUGUCUGGACGUCUGCAUGUGGAGGUGUGGAGAGGAACUGAGAGGAACCAGGAGGAAGAGUCUGGAAACACUGAGGAGACGAGGAGGAGGAGAGCAGACGCAGACGCAGACUCACAGGAGCAACACAUGCACUGUGUGGUCAAAAUCCUCCAGGCCACAGGUCUUCCUCGUCACCUGUCCAACUUCGUCUUCUGUCAGUACCACUUCUGGGGACAGGACCAGGCCAUUUUCAUCGCCCCGGAGAUGUCCACGUCCAACUCCUCAUCCACCUCCAAAGACCCACAGUGCACUGUGGUGUUUGACAGCACCAAGGAGCUGUCGGUGCCUCUGUCAGAGGACUUUGUGGAGUUUCUUUGGGAGGGGGCGUUGGCUGUAGAAGUGUUCGGACACAAACAGGUGAACCAGCGCAGGAACCUGGCACUGUGGGACCUGGGGGUGAUCCAGGACAAGACCAGGAGCCUGAGGGAGAGGUGGAGUGAGGUGACUCGUCGGUUGGAGUUGUGGGUCCAGCUGAUGGAGCUGAAUGAAGCAGGAGACUUCACCCCUGUGGAGGUGGUCCCAGCCAAAGACGUCCGCAGCGGGGGGGUGUUCCAGCUCAGACAGGGUCAGUCCAGGAGGGUCCAGGUGGAGGUCCGCUCGGUCCCAGACUCAGGCACCAUGCCCCUCAUCGUCACGUCCAUCCUGUCCGUGUCCAUCGGAGACGUCAAAGUCCAACAGACACCAGUGUCCAAAGGCAGUGAUGUCCAGUGGGACCACAGUGAGGAGAUGGACAGUUACCAGGAGGUGGAUCUGGACCGACUGAGGGCCCAGUGGUUACAGACUCUGACCCAGAGACAAGAGGAACUGGACCAACAACUGCAGAAGGUGGUGUGUAAACCAGAUAAAUCGGAGGACGACGUUGAAAGAGAGUCUCAGCUGUUGGAAGGUCGUCUGACGCUCACAGAGGAACGCAACGCCGUCCUGGUGCCGUCGGCAGGAAGUGGAAUACCAGGAGCCCCCGUAGAGAGGGUUCCUGUCCCGGGCAUGGAGACCCACAUCCCAGUCCUGUUCUUGGAUCUCAGCGCUGAUGAUUUCCAGUCCAGACUGUCGGCUCCUCUGGUGGGGGGGUUGGACGCUCUGCUGAGUGGGGAGGACGAGCAGGACUUCUGUGACCUGCAUGUGGUCAAACACUGUGCCCAUGAGGUGAAGGUGGAGGCCUCCUGGGACUCCACGGUCCACGGGUGUCCCCAGCUGACCCGAGUGGGUCCACCUGACCUCAGGGUCUACCUGACAGUCCGGGUCCUGGUCCAGCUGAGCCACCCGGCCCACAUGCAGCUGGUUCUGAGGAAACGCAUCUGUGUCAGCGUCACUGGGAGACAGGGUUUCGCUCAGAGCCUGUUGAAGCGGAUGUCCCAUCGCAGUUCCAUUCCUGGAUGUGGAGUCACAUUUGAAAUCGUCUCCAACAUCCCAGGGGACAUCUACGGACCAGAGGACAGGGACAUGUUGGCCAAACUGGCCGCCAACGCCGACGACGACCAAUCAGCUGACAGCGAGGCCGCCAUCGAGAAAUACCUGCGCAGCAUCCUGGCAGUGGAGAACAUCCUGACCCUGGACAAGCUCCGACAGGUGAGGUAGACUCCACCCACUGCAGGUGUAGGCUCCACCCACCAAACAUCCUGACCCUGGACAAGCUCCGACAGGUGAGGUAGACUCCACCCACUGCAGGUGUAGGCUCCACCCACCAAACAUCCUGACCCUGGACAAGCUCCGACAGGUGAGGUAGACUCCACCCACUGCAGGUGUAGGCUCCACCCACCAAACAUCCUGACCCUGGACAAGCUCCGACAGGUGAGGUAGACUCCACCCACUGCAGGUGUAGGCUCCACCCACCAAACA